CUAAUCAGAUUUGGUGUGAUAUCUGAUCUUCAUUAUGCUGAUCAUGAUCCUCAUCCAAACUUUGAAAAGACUUAUUUAAGACACUAUAGGAGAUCAUUACAAUUUUUGCAAAAUGCUGUGAAAGCCUGGGAAUUAGAUAAAGUUGGUUUUGUCAUUGAUCUGGGUGACGUCAUCGAUGGCAAAAAUGUUGCCAUUAAACAAAGCUUGCAAGCUUUUGAAAAAAUUUUGAAUGUUUACAAAAGCCUAAAUGUUCCUGAUUUGCAUGUUGUUGGAAAUCAUGAAUUGUAUAAUUUUUCAAGAUCAGAUUUAUUGAAAAUGAAUGCCUUCCAAUGCAAACAUUCUUGUUUAAAUGGGUUUAAUAAUUUUGACAAUAGUGGUUUUAUGUAUUAUUGUUAUGAACCGCAUCCGAGUGUUAAAUGUAUUGUACUUGAUAUGUAUGAAAUUAGUUUACUUGGGAAUGACGUGAACUCACCUGAAUACAAACAAGCACUCGGCAUUCUUUCAAUCAACCCCAAUCAAGAUUUGAAUUCUGCUUUUGGAUUGGAGGGUACAGAUGAAAGAUUUGUCAAGUACAAUGGAGGUAUAUCAAAGGCACAACUUCAGUGGCUGGACGUGGUGCUAGAAGAUUCUGAAAAGAAAAAACAAAUGGUCAUUAUGUUUGGUCAUUGUCCCUUGCAAAGUAAUUAUCCUAUGACGUUGUGCUGGAAUUAUGAUGAAAUAUUAGCAGUGAUGCAUCAACACAAAUGUGUUCAGGCAUAUUGUUGUGGACAUGCUCAUGAAUACUAUUACACGAUGGACUCCAAAGGAAUACAUCAUCUUACUCUUCCUGGAGUUAUUAAGCUGCCCACUGAAAUUUCUAGCGGUCAUUUAACAGUAGAUGUUUACAACGACAAAUUG